CUCCGUAUGACCUUGUAGAUGAAUCAGAUCUAAUACACUGACGAGAUAUCAGAUUUGCAAUGCCGAUUAAACAGUCCUUGCAUAGUGAACAUCCAGUAGUGGCACUAUCGUAGAGAAAGAUGAAGUUGACGCUUUUAGAGCCAAAAUCAGCAAAAGAAGAUGAAAAGUAUAUAGCACCAGAAGAAGACUUAAAGACUUUUAUAUGUACUGGACUAAGAUUUUUAUAUAUCUUCUACUGCUCCAGACUAGAUUCGCGUCGCCGCAUCUACAUUUUCUGCAAAGUAACUGACUGCUAAGUACACUGCGUGAGCAACAUUAUGGGAACAUCUCUUACCAUUUAUUCUAUUAGUUACUACUCAGUUACGCAAUGAAUUGCAUUAAUUCUAAUUGUAAUUAAUUGCAACCACAGUCAGUGUCAGGCAGAGGCACUUCAACAUACGAGGAGCAACUUACUCACUCUUUCACAAUUUACGGCGGAGAAUAAUUUAUUGCAACCAGCACCUACACUUCUUCAUAGAGGCAUGUUCUUUGUUGAUGAGGAACGCUUCUUCAUAUAAUUGAAGAGCAUAUGCAUACGCUUCUUCAUUCAAGGAUGUUGCGCAUGAAGAUGAACGCUCUUGUGCAUUGAGGGCCGUCUGUUUGAGGAACAAGAGCUCCACUUCCGGUUCAGCAUCUUCAUUGUGAUCGUAACCCGAUGGAUGCGAC